UUUGUGCUAUUAGUUGGUUUGUUUCACUACAAAACGUUCCGUCCUGUUAGAUAAAAUUACAGAAAUCAGUGUGAAAACUCAAUUUCCAAAGAAAACUUAAGCUCUUCCAUCCUGUCAGAAAACCAGCAAAUCAGGUAAUUAUGCAAAUACUCAUAAAUUAAAUUAAAUUGCAAUUUAUUUAUUUUUUUAGUUAUUGCCUGCGCUUGACCUGAGCAUAUAUCUGACACUCUGUUGCACAUUUAUUUAUUUUUAAUAAACGUUUCACGCCUUUAGAAUACUAUUAUCCGACGUAUCUUAUGACCAUCUGUCUCCGCUCAUCCGGGUACAAAUAACUGCGGUAUGAAACAGUAGGACAAAAUAAGUGACCUCUACUCUGCUACUCUGCCUCUUCUGACUUAUUGGAUUUGGUGACGCUUCAGUACAUCAGUAGCUGUUGAUACUAGAGCAUGCCUUUUAGGAAAUAAAGUGCAUGCAUUUAGACGUAACUAAGAGUAAAUUUGGGUAACAUUAAUGCUAUUUUAUAUCAAAUACAGAGAGGUAACGGAUUUCGGUGACCUCUAUUGCAAAUCUUUCUGGAUUUGGUGACCCUGCUGUAAAUAUGCCACUGUUCACAUCAGACCAAAACUCUCUCUAGGAUAUAAAAUAAACAUGUUUAGACAUCAUCAUAACUUUUCAGUAGUUGUAAAAUAGGUCACAUGCUGUACAACCAUGCAUUACUAUGGAGAAAGCAACAAAAUAAAUACAAAAUAACAGUCAAACAGACCAAAACUGCAUGAUCAUCUGAAACCAUACUUGUAAUAUGGUGCUCUAAAGGGCAUUUUGACUUUUGGCCACAUCUCAGAGACUCAGCUUUAAUCUUGUUAGUAUGUAUGAGAGAUUCACAUGCUCAUGAUUACAUUUGCAGCUCCUGUUAUUUCAAUAGAUGUUUUGCAGACAAGCAUCGCAGUUUCGGUCCUACUUGUGAACAUGAGAUCGCGAUCACAUCUGGUGUAUUAUAAUAUUAAGGAGUAGGAGAACAUCAUCAUUUGGAGCCUUAGAUUUAUGCAUGUUUCUGUUGAAUGCAAUGUCUGUAUAGCAGCUCAUGGUGGAUGGAUUCUUGCAAAGGUUAGUGAAAGACAUCAUUUACUAUUUCCCAACAUUGUGAUGCUACAUGACAGGGCAGGUCUGGCUUUUUUGAUAAUCACAGCAUUACCUCAAACCAGAAAUUCUACUUCAAAAGCAAGUGAAGGUAUGAUAUGAUUUAAUGCAUGCUGAAUGUUCAGAUAGUUUUUAUUUGCAGUACAGAAAUGCGAACUGACUUGCAUGGCAUCACAAGCAUUUCGUUAAUUCUGUGUCAUGUUUUUGACAGGAGGAGUGGUUGUUUGUGAUCGACAUGGAUUCUAGUUGGACACAGAGCUGGAAGGAGGAAUUCAGAGUUCACAAACUCUACUUUCUCAUCUCUAAACCAGAGCUUCUGCUUCAGCCACGGUGGGAUAUUCAUCCUUUGUUGUGGCUUGUGUACAGAUGUUUUAUGCUGGUCUACACAUUCACCUGGUUCAUCUACACGGCUCUUUGUCUCAACACACCUAAAUUCUUCAUUUUUCUCAGCCAUAUCUCAUACUGUCUUAUGGUUAUCUACUAUCUGGUUUCUCUCAGUAAUCUGACCUGGGCUUUCUUGGAAAUCAGAUGCUGCUCUUACAGAAUGAAAAGAGGUGUCAGUAGUGAAUGUGAGAACCUCCCUUCUCUCUCCGUCCCUCUCAGAGAUGCUCUCGUUCUGCAGUGGUUCCUGCAUUCAUUGAUGGGCUGUUUGUCAUUUUCUGUCUCUUUUCUAUACUGGACCAUACUCUACCCCUUUAAUCCGUAUUCCAUAACCACCUUCAACAUCAACAUCAACAUCCAUGCAAUCAACAGCAUCCAGACCGCCAUGGAUCUGUUCUUGUCCUGCACACCUGUUCAUCUCACCCACCUGUACAGUGCUGUGCUGGCCGGAGCCCUUUAUGUCAUAUUUGCUGUUGUUUACUGGCUGUUGGGUGGCACGAACAUUCUUGAUGAACCCUACAUCUACAGUAUUCUUGAUUUCAGCAGGUGCCCUCUAGUGGCAACACUGUGCAUUCUGGGAGUUUGUCUAGUUUGUUUACCAUUCUGCCACUUUGUGCUAUGGAACCUGCAGUUACUGAGGGAGUGGAUGGCGAGCAGGGAGAAAGCGAGGAGAAUUGCUUUAAAGAGAGAGGUUUGGUGGUGGGUGAAGGUGUCUGGAGGAACAACCUUUGACCUUGUGACUUCACUGGAUCCAACGGCCUCUGUGUUUGAGAUGCGCAGGACGGCAGCCACGGCGGAGGACCAACAGUCACAAUCAGUCACUCCUGUUUGAAGGAGUUUCUGGUCUGAAUGUAAUUGUCUUGUUUUUAAGAUUUUUCUGGUGCUAAUAUUUUUUAAACUCUUGCAUACGCGAUUAAAAAUGUUCUUGGUCCGAAACCCCUAAAACAGUUUUCAGGGAAAUCAACCCAUGCUGGAAAAAAAAAUUGCGGACAAAAAUGGCUCACUCUCAGAAAAAAAGGCACAAAAACCAUCAGUGGGGUGGUACCUUUUCAAAAGGUACACUUGAGGUAAUAAUAUGUACAUUUAAGGUACCAAUAUGUAAGAGUACUUUUUUAAAAAGGUAUGACCUCAGUGACAGCUUUUGUACCUUUUUUUCUCAGAGUGCAAACAUUAAUGAACUGACAUAGUAUUAAUAUACCAACCUACUGCAGUACUAAAUCUGUUUUGGUCUGUUAGAAUACAUUGACAACCUUAAUAAAUCAUCACAACUAGCUUUUCCACAAACAGGUAAAUACUAAGAUAAUAUAGAGGGUGCAUAGAGAUACAAAACUGAGGACACUAAAAUAAUGCAAUAUGCAUUAGUUUAACAACGUAAGCUGUUAUAUCCACCUUUUGUUUAACGCGGUUUUAAGCCUGGGUGAGACUUCCGGUUCAUUAGCCGCUAUACCGAAAUAACAAGAAGAAAAACGCACAGGUAAACUGUUUGCACUACAAACCAGUGUGUUCAUAAUUAAGAUAAUACAUUAAAAUAAUAUGGCAAAUCACAUAAUAUUAGCAUAAUAUUCAAUAUUUGCGAUAUUAAGCAGUUAAACAAGUUGUUUUGUACAGAUCGGAAGCCCGACCCAUAAAAUGUACAAAUGGCCACGCCCACUCUUACAGGAAGAAAAAGACAGUAAAGUGUCACACAUGAAAUUCUAUGAACGUCAGUUUACGUUGAUGGAUUGUUCUUAUUUACUUUUAACAGUAUGUAACUGAUUUAAACAAUAUUUUAGUGUAAAAUUAGCCCUACGUCUAUCUAAAACCGUCCAUUUAAAUGUAUUACGUUUCAUUACAUUUAUUACAAAUUUUUCUUUAUAAAAGGGAGUUUACCGUUAACCAAUUAACAGGUUUUCCAUUAGCAUUUCACAGUCUUAUACAGCUAAAAUUGCUGGAUUUUUGGUUUGUUUGUUUGUUUGUUUACAGAGAUGGUCUACUUGUUCUUGUCACUGUAUAAACUGGGACAGAAUGAUGUAUUUCAACAUUGUACAGAAUUUAUGUAGCCUACAUUAUCAUAUGAUAUAACCUGUUUUUAUAUAGUUCUUAUAUAAUUGCAGCAACAAUCUAAUGUACCAACCCGGGAAUCAUACUCUUGUUCGCACGUGUAUCUUUAUAUUGAAUAUCAGAAAAGAUCUCUGUAAUGACACUGGAAAAUAUAUUUUCCAAAGUUUUAAUGAUCGUAAAUGUGAAAUCCAGGAGCUCCAGCGGAGCAGAUGUAAAACACAUGUCAAGCACGAGAGGUCAGCAGUGUACUCUUAAAAUAGAAUUUCAGAUAAAAAUAUAAUUCCACAUAAUUAUGUGACCCUAGACCGCAAAACCAGUCAGUUGUUUAAAUUGAGAUUUAUAAAUCAUCUGAGAUCAUCUGAAUAAAUAAGCUUUCCAUUGAUGAGUGGUUUGUUAUGAUAGGACAAUAUUUGGCCGAGAAACAACUAUUUGAAAAUCUGGAAUCUGUGGGUUUUAAAAAAAAUGGCACGAAUAGUGAGAAAAUCACCUUUGAAGUUGUCCAGUUUAAGUCCUUACAAAUGCAUAUUACUAAUAUUUGUGGUAGAAAAAUAUCUUAAUGGAACAUGAUCUUUACUUUAUAACCUAAUGAUUUUUGACACAUACAACGCAUUGUUGGCUAUUGCUACAAAAAUACCAGUGCGAUUUAUGACUUUUGUGGUCCAUGGUUUUGUGGUCCAGGAUCACAUAUACACUUCUGCUUGAAUGUGAACUGACAUCAAAAUGCAUUUAUUGGCUAAUAUACAGGAGGAUUUAGGAUUGAAAUGUAUUUUUUAAAAGAAGAAAUGAACGUUUUUUUGAAGAAUUUUUUAUUAUUAUUUUCAUAUUUUGCAAAU